AUGACGACAGGAUUUAUACAUUUAUGUGAUCAAAUUUUAGCAGCAUCAUCGCCAUAUUUACCAUAUGAUGCAUCAAAAAAGCCACUCAGUACUUUGCUCAAUGAGAUGACAAAUUAUGUUGCUUCUGGUUGUCGAAUAGACAGCGAAGAUGAAUUUAUUAUCUUUGGUCUUCAAAUGCUUUUAUUAAGUGAUGUAGAACGUGUUCGAGCAGCAUCACUUCGUGCUUUACGUUAUUCGAUUCAUCGUGCGACUAUAUUCGAUAAAUUUCUUGAAUGUCGUCUAGAUUAUCUCGUUUGUCGAUCUUUAACUAUUGAUCUAAGAAAUGCCCGUGAACGUUUAGAAGCAUAUAAAUUUAUACGUCGUUUAUUUUUUCUAUAUUCUCAACGUAUACCACAUUCAUUUGUUUAUGUACUUGAUGCUAUUGUUGCAUCAAGUCAUUCAGUAUCACUACCACGAACAACAAACUCAGCACCUAUUGUAAGAUCUGAUCAAAUGGUUAAAUGUUGUCUAGAAUUAUUAUGUGAAAUAGCUUUACAAAAUCCACAUGUAUUACAUACAUGUCAUGCAAUUAAUACAAUGUUAAGAUUUACUGUUGAUCUUGAACAAGAUGAACUUCGUGAGAGUAUACUUUAUGCAUUAUUACAUGCAGUUGAUCGUUUUACAAUCAAUGAUAAUAGUGAACCAACUAUUAUUGAUUCACUUGAUUCAAAUGGUCCAGCUUGGAUAUUUGUUGAUGAAGGAAUGCGUGAACGACAUGAAUUAAUUCGAAAUAUGUUUAGUCAAUUAGUAGCAAUUUUUUCCCUGUGUGAAAAAGGUACAUUGAAAACAGGUGAUCGUCGUGCUAUGACACCAGCAGCAUUUGAUAGUUUAUUAAUUAAAGAACCAGAUAAAAUAAAAAUACUUAAAUCAAGUGCAUCAGCAUUAAGUAUAAUUUUACAUAGUUGGAUUGGUUUUACGGUAUUUUGUCAAACAAGAAAUUCAUCUGUACGUUUACUUGUUAAUUGUUUACUUGUACAAUCUGAACCGAUGAAAAUAAUAAUUCUUGAUCUAUUUUAUGAUCUACUUAAUCUUGAUAUUCCAGCUGUCUGUGAUAGUUAUGAAGCAGCACUUAAAUCAAUAUAUCAAACGUGGAAUUUAACUACAUCAGAAGAAGGAUAUUCAUAUGUAGCCGGUGAAGGCGCUGCGAAAUUAUCUCGUUUAUCAGCUACAAGACCGAACUUGCUUGAUAGCCAUAUGGCAUUAAUGCUUCUUACUUUUAUUGAUGCUGGCUUUAUUGAGGCGAUUAGUGAAUUAGCGGCGAGUGAUAAUACCCUAUUAUCUAUUCGUGCAACACUCCUAUUAGCAAAUUUUAUUUGGCUGUGUAAUGAAAAUUUACCUGAAGAGCAAAGUUUUCUCUUAUUGCCUCUAUUAAUGGAUAUUGCUAUUGCAGAUGACGAUAGUGUAAAACGAAGUUUUGCAAAAGAAGCUAUGCUUAAUAUAAAUGCAUUUUUCGAAUUUAAACAACGAACACGUUAUAUACAUUCAUUUCAAUUAGCACAAUUGAUAUAUCAUGCUCAACAUUUAAAAGAUUAUAAUACACCAACACAAAUUGUUGCUCCAGAAACAAAUCGUCGAUUAUCAAUUCCAUCAACCGACGAUAUUUUAAUUGCUGAAAAAAUCGAUGGAAGUAUUCGAGAUACGAAUACAUUACAAACGGAUAAUUAUAAAAAAUGGAAUUGGGAUUUAAUAUUAGCUUUAUUAAAAGAUUUUCCAAAACAAGCAGGUCAAGUGCAAGGCGAUCUUUACGAAUUAUUUCUUGAUAAAUUAUGUGACUUUUUUAAACCAGAACAAAAUGAUGGUUUCAAUGAAAUUAAAUUAAUAGAUUCAUUAUCCGAUGUAACUUGUCGUGCUUUAUUAGCAUUUUCUGAUCUUCUAAUAUAUCCGUCUCAAGCAACAUCAAAUAAUAUUAGAUUGACAGCAAGUAAUAUUGUUCAUACACUUUUAAUUAGUGUUAGCGAUGCAUUACAACAAUCAAUUGUUGCAAUGAAAGAAGGCAAUGGACGAGCUUUUAUAACAGAACAUGAUUUAUUAUUAAAAAAUAGUGUUUAUUAUUAUUUAUUUCUUGGUCGUUUAAGUAAAUCAUCUAUUGGUACACAAGCAUUAAAUGAAAGUUAUAUAUUUCUUCGUCUUUCGGAAAUGUUAAAAAUGGAUGAUGAAUUUGCCACAUCAGCUAUUGUUGCUUUAUCUUCAUUUAAUUAUUAUUGUGAUGGCCCAUGCCGGACUUAUUUAACUCAAGCAUUAAAAUCAUCUUGCACAACACUUCGUUUGUAUAGUACAAGUCUUCUUCGUGUAAUACUUCGUUGCAAUCCGGAAAAAUUUGGUAGUUGGGGUUUACAUCUUCUUGUUUCACAAUUACAUGAUGCAAAUCAAUUAGUUUUAAUUGAAACAGCAAUUGUUCUUGAUGAAGCACUUGAAGAUAGAAGAUUAGUAGAUGUAUUUUAUAAACAAUGGUCAACAUUUUCUUCAAUAAAAAAUGGUAGUCGUUAUUUAUUAAAUGUUUAUCAUUUAGCUACAGCACGUAUAUGUUCAAUACCAUUUCAUCAAACACAAUAUGAUGAAAAAUAUAUGUCAAUGGUACGUGAAGAACUUAUAUUUUGGGAUACAGCAUAUAAUGCACACUAUGUUACUUUUAUCGAAACAAAAUUAUUUUCAGCAUAUUCUGAUGGUCCAUUAUUAACCGAUGAUUAUUUUGAAAGACGUAAAUCAUCAUCAACAAAUAAAGCACGAAAGAGAAUUAUAACUGCACAUGUUUCAUCACAUUUAUAUCGACAAUUAUGUCUUCAUUAUGAAGGUUUUCUAUUAUUACGUGCUGAAUCUCGUUUAGAACAAUAUGCAGCGGAAUUAAAACAACAUCGAACGAAUUGUAUUAAUAUAGUUGAAACAAAAGCAAUUAAAGAAGCACUUUGGGCAUUAGCACAUACAGCUAGUACUGAAUUUGGUUUUACAUGGUUUACGGAAAAAGAUUUAUUACCAGAUUUUUUAAGAUUUGCUGAAGAAUGUCAAAAUUUAUCUGUCAGAGGUACGGCAUUUUAUGCGCUUAGUUUAAUUGCUCAAACCCCAGAUGGUGCCAUGUCUUUAAAGGAUUUUGGUUGGGAAACAUAUCGUGUUCGAUCACAUUCAAUACCACCUUCGUUAGCAAUUACUGAUGCUUAUCAAGCUCCUGAAAGACGUGUUUCAAGAGCUGGGUUUUCAACAUUAUCAUCACGUAAAAGUGUUUCAUUACAAGUCACGCCACCAACAGCAUCAUCAACAACAUUAUCAUCCAUGAAUAGUCAUUUAGAACCUAUAAUAAAACAUGAUCUAAAUGAAUCAAUAUCAAGUGAUGGUGUACCAUCAGUUCGACUAAAUGUAAAUGAUGAUACUACAUCAUCUGAUGUUAAAUCUAAACGUUCAUUAACUUUACCAUCAACGAUUUCAACAAAUUCGAAUGAUAAACCUGAUGUUCGACAUGUUGUUAUAUGUGAAGAAAGUGGUCCGCCAACACCGACAAAUAAAAUAGCUACAGUAACUUUUCCAGAUUGUCUUGAACCCAGUGGUGCUCCAUUGCUUGUUAAUGUACCUAUUCGUCGUUGUUCAAGUAUUUCAAAAGAAUUAACAAAUUCAAGUGUGUAUCGUGAUUCUGGUAUAGCUAGUGGAGCAACAGGAUCAUUUUCUGAAGUUGAAUAUUCUCGUUCACCAUCUUAUGGAGCACAUACAACUCAUACACAAUCUCAAUCAGCUGCUGCACAAUCAGCAACAGAUAGUUUACCACUAGAACGUUUUCGUCCUCGAUCAAAAUCCGCUCAUCAAUCAAAUGCAUUACGGCAAUCAAAUAAAUUACAAAAAGUUCCUGAAGUUAUCCAGGCUUUACGUGCACCAACAGCUGGCCUUGGUGGUGCUUCAGAACCAUCAGCAACUGAUGAAUUAUAUCGAUCACGUUUAUUACGUUGUAAUUUUCUUUUAAAACCCGAUGCAGCUGGUUAUGAAUUUGCCCGGCGUGUACAAAAAACUAGUCAUGCAACAUAUUCACAUUUAGUUAAUAGUACUACAAAUGAGUCUCAUAUAGAUGAUAUAUCAUUAAAAGGAAAAGAUGAUGAUCAUGUACUACCAUUUAGUAGAUAUACAUCAAAAUUUUAUAAGAAAAUUUAUGAAGCACAUGAUACUCGUGAUUUGCAAAUUGAUAAAUUUUUAACGACGGAUGGUAAAUAUGCUUCGGAACAACGUGAUUUAGAUGAUGCUGCCGAAGAUGGAAAUACAGUUUAUCGUGGUUUAGCUGUACCAGUUGAUAUUCAACAAGUUGUCGAAAUAUCAGAUGGUUACAAUUUAAAUUAUGAAACAUGGUCUGAUCUUGUUCGUUCACGUUCACGUGGUAAUACAAAUGCUGAUCAAGCACGCACACGUAGUGCUACUGGCGCAUCAACAAGUUCAGGAGAAUUUACACCAUCAUCACCUGCAGUUAUAUCACAAGAUCAAACUGUAGCUACAACAAUAACUAUAUCAACAAAUCAAACUACAUCAUUGAAUAUUUGUAUGAUGUGUAUGCGUAAUCCAACAAAUUCAACAUCACAUGAAAAUCCUCAUAUAACUGUGCAAACAGAUUUUGCUGAUGUUAAAUCAUUGGCUAGUCGUCUUAUUGCUGCAAUUCAUGCGGAUGAAGUUGAAAAAAAACUUUUAAGUUGGAAAGAAAGUCGCCCACAAAUAUUUGAUAAUAUUUGUUUAUAUUCAGAAAUAUGUUAUAUACUAACAAUGAGUAGUGUACGUGUUCCUGCUCAACGUUUUCUACAUGACUUAUUUUCUGAUUGUCAAUUUCAAAAACUUCGUAAACGUCGUCAUCAUGCUGAUGUUUUAGUUGAACACGAUGCUGAAGAAGAAGAAGAAGAAGAUGAUGAUGAAGAAGAAUUAGAUACUAGUACGAGUUCAUAA